ACAGCAAGUCUCCCUCCGCCCUCUUCUUCUGCGUUGCAAAAGUUGAUUACGCUCGCCCCUCAUCGCCGUCCCCUCCGCCCUUUUCUUCGCUCCAGAUAGAGAGAGAUGGCAGCGGACUGCUGUUACGAGGUCUCCCAGAUCGCCUACGUAAAGCUCGUCCUCCACGCCCUCAAGCACCCCUCCUCCGCCGUCAACGGUCUUCUCCUCGGCCGCCUCCGCCAAGACGGAUCCACUGCCACCGUCGAGGUCGCCGACGCCGUACCCCUCUCCCAUGCCCAGAUCGGCCUUCUACCCGCCCUCGAGAUUGCCCUCAUCCAGAUUGAGGAGCACUUCGAGGCGGAGGGAUUGAGCGUCGUCGGUUACUACCACGCCAACGAGAGGCACAACGACUUGGAGCUUGGUAACGCCGCCAAGAAGAUAGGGGAUCAUAUCUUCCGAUACUUCCCUCGUGCUGCCGUCCUCCUGUUGGAUAAUAACAAGCUGCAAAAGCUGAAGACUGGGAAGGGGAGGGAUCCUGCUGUGCAGCUAUACACAAGGGAUUCAUCACGAAGUUGGCGUCAAACUGGAUCCGAUGGAAGCAACCAAUUGACCUUGAAAGAGCCUACAGCUAAUAUAGUUUUGUUCGACUAUAUUUCUUCUGAAAAAUGGCAGCAGAUUGUUGACUUUGAUGACCAUCUUGAUGACAUUAGCAAGGACUGGCUGAAUCCUGGCUUGUUUGAUUAGUUGUGGUAGGGUUUUCUUAAAUUUCAUUGGUAUGUUAUGGAUAUAUUAUCCUUAAAGACACUCACAUGCCUGCAAAUCUUUGUUAUUUUUUGAAGAUCUGGUUCUUUUGGAUAAGACUGUUAUGCUCAAAUAAAAAAACCUACUAAACUGAUCGAAUGACCUUA